AUGGGUAUUGCGGAUGGGCAGGAGUGCAUCGUGUGUCUGGAAAGCAUGGGGAAUGGAGCCCGACUGAUGUGGUUACCAUGCGCACAUGGUUACCACCAUGAUUGCAUUAUGCCGUGGAUUAUGGGAGGGCAUUCAAGCUGCCCCUGCUGCCGCCACCCUUUAUAUUCGGCGUCAGCCACCCGUGUAUCUUUCCGACAAGCAGCGUAUCACGUCACCAUCGCGCGCGUUGACGCAGCAGUCUGCCUCGCUUACAUUCAGCGUUGCUUGACGUCUAAAGAUGGCGACUCAGCUGUGCUGCGCGCCUGCCGCCAGCGGCGCGCUUUCCGUGCCAUCCGCUUGCGCCGGCCGGCGCACACCGCCUCCUCCGCUGCCAUUCUCCCUGAGCGCAACGCGGGAAAGAAGCAGAGGCAGAACCAGAGGAAGAAAGUGCUGGGGGUGCGAGCAGCCGUCGCACAACAGCAGCCAGAGGCACCGGUCGUUAAAGAGGAGAAGGACGUGCGCGCGGUGAGGCUGACGGACGACACGUUCACGCUGCGCGGGCGGUGCUACGAGCGGUUCAAGUUCGAGGUGGAGUACGGGCUGCGCGCCGGCACCACCGAGAACAGCUACGUCAUCGAGGGCCCCCUGGGCGCCGCGCUCAUCGACGUGCCCGACAGAGCCUUCGCGCGCGCGUUCGUGGACGCGUUCGUGCGGGAAGCCAAGGACGCGGAGCACCUCGCUUACCUUAUCAUCGGGCAUCUGAGUCCGAAGCGGGUCGAUAGUGUCAUUCAGCUCGCCAAGACGCACCCAGCAGGCGAGCCGCCCAUCAAGGUGUUUCUGUCCAACCCGGCGCACCAGACGCUCACUUCCUUAGUACCAGCGGACAUCCUGGAAGCCACGUUUGACCUGCAGAUCGUGCGAGCGGGGGACACGCUGGACCUGGGCGACGGGCACAAGCUGCAGUUCAUCCUCACGCCCACGCCCCGCUGGCCCGACGGGCUCUCCACCUACGACCCCAAGACGCAGCUGCUCUUCACCAACAAGCUUUUCAGCGCGCAUGUGUGCAAGGGGGAGGACUUUGACGUGGGAGGCAUAGAGGUGUACGACAUGCACUGGCGCUUCUUCUAUGACUGCAUGCUCGCCCCCGUCGCCAAGCAGGUGGACGCAGCCCUGAAGAAGCUCCCAGUGGUGGCCCAGUUCGCGCCACCCUGCUACGCGGGCAAGACAGGCCUGGACGUCGUCAAGGCCGACGUGGGGUUCAUCUUCUCGCGCAUCCUCUCAGCGCUCAACCUUGACAUCGGCACGGCGGCCAACCUGCGCCUGAAAGUGGGCAGCGAUAAGAAGGGCGCCGUGCCGGGUGUGGGGGGCGAGCCACUAGUAACUGCGGCCAUCUGCCCCCUGCACGGCCCCAUCAUCCGCAACAGCGUGACCGAGCUCGUGCGCGAGUACAAGAUUUGGACGGAUGAGAAGAUCAAGCAGGCGGAGGAGGCCACAGUGGCCGUGUUCUAUGCAUCAGCCUAUGGCAACACCUCCGCUCUCGCACAAGCCAUCAGUCGUGGGCUACUGAGGGCGGGCGUGGGAGUGGAGACCAUCAACUGCGAAAUGGCGUCAGUAGCCGAACUGAAGUCCGCCAUCCAGCGCUGCUGCGGCUUCGUGUGUGGCAGCCCCACGCUGGGCGGCCACAUGCCCACGCCCAUGAAGGAGGCGCUGGGCGUGAUUCUCAACGAGCCCGCCGCCAAGGGCAAGCCCACGGGCGUGUUUGGGUCGUUUGGGUGGAGUGGGGAGGCGGUGGAUGAGAUGGAACAGUUGCUCAAGGAUGGAGGGUUCUCCUUCGGAUUUCCCCCAAUUCGCUGCAAGUUCAAGCCAACGGAGGCGAUGCUGCAGAUCUGCGAAGAGAGUGGCCGAGAUCUGGCCAGAGAGAUCCGCAAGGGCAAGGCUAAGCAGCGCAGCACAUCAGCCAAGUCAGCUGUGGUGUCUGGAUCAGGAGUGGAGCAGGCGGUGGGGCGAGUGGUGGGGUCGCUGUGUGUGGUGUCAGCCAUCAGUGGGGACGGUGACGCUCAGAGUGCCAUGCUCGCCUCGUGGGUAUCCCAGGCCUCCUUCAACCCGCCUGGCCUCACCGUUGCUGUGGCGAAGGAGAGGGCGCUCGAGUCGCUGGUGCUGGUGGGGGGCAAGUUCGCCCUGAGCGUGCUCGGCGAGAAGAACGUGGGCGCAGUUUCCAAGCAGCUUCUCAAGCCGUUCCAGCCCGGGGAGCCCAGGUUCGGCGAUAUUCCGACCAAGCAGGCCAGCAACGGCGCCACCAUCCUGGCAGAUGCGAUCUCCUACAUGGAGUGCACAGUGCAAACGCGCAUGGAGACGGGAGACCACUGGGUUGUCUACGCCACCGUUGAUUCAGGCGACGUCAUGGACGAAAAGACCCUCACUGCACUGCACCACCGCAAGACCGGCAGCCACGAUAUUCUCGGCACGUUUUGGAAAGUCGACGCACAGGGAGAUGCGGCUGCGGCGGCUUCCGCCGCCGCUGCAGCUGCAGCAACCGGCGGAAUGUUCCCCCCUCCCUCUAUGCUCCCCCCGGGGGUCCCCUUCCCCGGCCAUCCUCCCAGUGUAGGGGGGGCGGGCGGUGGCGGUAGUGAGUUACAGCGUCCUAUACCGCGUACAGGAUCGUUCCACCGUAUGAACCGCAGCUCCUCGGAAUGGGCUUUUCACGAAUUCGUUAAAGAGCAGGGCCUAACCGGAGUGGGAGCACUAGGCGCCGCAGGAGCCGCCGCAAUUGGCGGCGGGAACGCCGCCGGCGCGCCCGGUAUGGGCCCGCCUGGAAUGAACCCGUUAAUUCCGGGUCUAAGCCAGGUUUCGAGUCUCGAUAAGCUGUUAGGAGACAGUCCCUCGAAGCUUAAUCUCGCGUCGUACUAUCGCGGCUUAGACGGCGGAGCGGAAGGCGCGGGUGGCGCAGCGGGAGCGGGCGCAGGAGCGGGGGCGGGAGCAGGAAGCGGAGAUGGCGCGGGGAAGCCGGGCGGAGAUGCAGGCGGGGAACAACAACGGCUUGGGCUCAGCGGGUUAGGGAGGGCCUCUGGGGGGGAGGCGGGGGCAGGGGCGCGGACGGAUACGGAGGCGGGCGCUGUAGCUGGCGGCGACGGCGGCGGCGGUGGCGGCGGCGCAGCGGCCUCUGCUCCCGCGGGGGGUUCGGCAACUGUUGGCGGCGCGGGAUCGGCAUCGGGCUUCUCCCCGCCGUCGGCGGCGCCCAGCAUGGCUCUCGCCCCAGGCAGCGCGGCAGCAGCCGCAGGCGGCGGCGGCGGAGGCGGUGCGGGGAGAAGAGCAGCAGGGAUAGCGAGCCCUCCCCGUCGUGGCUUCCAGGCCCAUCCGCCCGCGCAUAGACCCGCAACCCACGGCGCAACAGGCGUUACCGCAGCAGGGGGAGCAGCCGGCGGGGGAAGAGGAGGAGGGGGAGCAGCAGGGGCGGGGUCCGCGCGCGGGCUUUCCUCCCGCGAGGCAUCGGAAGAGCCGCGAUCCGACGGCGAGGGCGCGCGGUCUGAGGGAGAGUUCGGCGCGGCGGUCGCGGCGGCGCAAGCAGGCGCACGUGAGCGACCUGGAGGGGCACGUGCAGCAGCUGCAGGCGGAAAACGCCAGCCUGGCGAGCCGCCUGGGGAGAUUGGGCGGAAAUACAACGAGGCGGCGGUUGACAACCGCGUGCUGAAAUCCGACGUGGAGGCACUGCGCGCCAAGGUGAAGAUGGCAGAGGAGAUGGUGGGACGGGUCGCACACAUGGCACAGUACAUGUACCACCAGCCAAUGGCGUUCCGCCACGACGCAGCAUCCGCCGCCGCUGCCGCUGCCGCUGCUGCUGCCAUGCCAUACCCCUCGCCCAUCGAUCUUCCCUACUACCCCCGGCCCCACCGUGCUGCCACCGGGCCCUUACCCCCAGCGCCGUCUCCUUACCCACUCCCUCCACAUGCUGCCGCCCACGCCGCCCAGGCCUCUCAUGCCGCCCACGCCGCCCAGGCAGCUCAGGCAGCUCAGGCCUCUCAUGCCGCCCAGGCAGCUCAGGCAGCUCAGGCUUCUCAUGCCUCUCAUGCCGCCCAUGCUGCUUCUCUCUCCCUUGAUCCGCACCAAGCCAAUGGCGCUCCGCCAUCUGCCAUGCACCCGAACCUCCUGCCGGGCCUCGGGUUACCGCCCGGCAUGGACCCGAACGUGUAUGGUAUGAUGCAGGCAGGUAUGGUACCGGCAGGUAUGGUGGGGUCCAUGCCUGGUGCCGUGCCUGGAGGGGAUGGUUCGGGAGGCAUGGGGGCACCUGGGUCGUCCUCUGCUGCUGCUGCCCACGCUGCUUAUGCCGCUGCUGUGGCAGCUGCAGGCGCAGCAGCAUCAGCAGGAGGAGGAGGAGGAGGAGGAGGAGGAGGAGGAGGGGGGGGAUUAGUACCAGCUGAUGUGUCAGGUGCCACGUCAGCAGCAGGAGGGGCGGCGGGGGUAGGGGGAACGGUGUCUGGGGCGCCAGCAACAAUGGCAGGGCAUGAGGCUGCGGCAGCAGCAGCGGCGGCUGCAGCGGCGGCAGGGAUGUGGGCGCUGGGGUGGCAUGGUGCUGCUGCUGCUGCAGGGGAUGGGGCCGCAGGGGGUGGGGGGAUGGUUGGGGGGAUGGGUGCAGGCGCGUCUGGGCCCAGUGGCACAGGAGCAACCAUUGCUAAUCCCACCCGCGUACCCCAAGCAGCAGCCGUUGCUGGAUCGGUCACUGCUCAGACCAAGCAGCACGGAGCAGUUUCUAGUGUUGCUAUCCCAAAGAAAAGCCCGUUUCUUGGAAACUGCGUCUCCGUCUCUUCCGCCUCGACUGGAGCAUCCAAUGCUCGGAAAUCCCUCAAAGUGACCGCAACUGUCGCUGACGGCAUUACCGCUGCUGAAACUUCGUCUGUUACCAUUGAGAUUGACAACUCCGAGCCUCAAUGGACCAUUGUCAAGCUCUCUGCUCUGAACCAGCCCGGGCUGUUGAACCGUGUCACCUCAGUCUUCAGGGAUUUGAACGUCCAGGUGGUGAGGGCUCUGGUGGGUACUGCUGAUAAUGCAGUUCUGGAUACCUUCUACGUUCAGAACGCUGGUGGCAACAAGAUUGAAGAUCCGGCUGAACUCGAUGUUCUGAGGAAGGCUCUGGAGGUCCUGGCCGUCCCCGUGGCGUCUCCGCCAGCUGUGCGUCCCUCUGCGGUGCAGGUUCAGAGUCCCGUAGUGGACCUCCGGAAGCGGCUCAAGGACGUGUAUCUGAGCAACGACGUGCUUUCCAUUCAGGAGAGCAUCGUGAACCACGUCGAAUACACUCUCGCCCGUGAUCGCCAUCAUUUCGACUCAUAUGAGUGCUAUCAAGCAGUGGCUCACAGCGUGAGGGAUCGCCUGAUUGAGAGCUGGAAUGACACCAACGAGCACUUCCGUGCCGCUGACCCCAAGCGUGUCUACUACCUCUCCAUGGAAUUCCUCAUGGGCCGGUCCCUGCUUAACAGCCUCUACAAUCUCAACCUGCAUGAUGUCUACGCGCAGGCUCUGUCACAGCUUGGUUACAAGCUGGAGGAUAUUGUGGAGCAGGAGCGUGAUGCUGCACUCGGCAAUGGUGGUCUUGGAAGGCUCGCAGCCUGCUUCCUUGACAGCAUCGCCACCCUCGAUCUUCCCGGAUGGGGGUACGGCAUUCGCUACCAGUACGGCAUGUUCCGUCAGACCCUUGAGAAUGGGUUCCAGCACGAGCAGCCCGACUACUGGCUCACCUUCGGCAACCCUUGGGAGAUUGAGCGGACUAACAUUUCGUACACUGUUAAGUUCUACGGCCACGUGGAGCAGUACACGGAUAGCAGGGGCUACCAGCGCUUCAACUGGGUCCCCGGCGAGCAGGUUCAAGCUGUGGCGUACGACAACCCCGUGCCCGGCUAUGGCACCAACAACACCAUCAACCUUCGUCUGUGGGCCGGCAAGCCCUCCACGGAGUUCGAUCUGCAGUCCUUCAACACUGGCGAUUAUGUCGCUGCCAUUCUCUCCAAGCAGCGCGCGGAGACGAUCAGCAGCGUGCUGUACCCCGACGACCGCAAGCCGCAGGGCAAGGAGCUGCGGCUGAAGCAGCAGUUCUUCAUGGUGUCCGCCUCGCUGCAGGACAUCAUCCGCCGCUUCAAGCGCACCGAAACCGACUUCACCAAGCUCCCCGAGAAGGCGGCGAUGCAGCUGAACGACACGCAUCCGACGAUCAGCGUGGCGGAGCUGAUGCGGCUGCUGAUGGACGAGGAGGGGCUGGGGUGGACGCUGUCGUGGCAGAUCACGCAGAAGGUGUUCGCCUUCACCAACCACACCGUGCUGCCCGAAGCCCUCGAGAAGUGGCCCGUCAGCCUCAUGGAGAGCCUGCUGCCCCGCCACAUGCAGAUCAUCUACCAGAUCAACUUCGAGUUCAUGCAGCUGGUGAAGUCGCGCUUUGGCGACGACUUCUCGCGCUCCUCGCGCAUGUCCAUCAUCGAGGAGGGCGAAGUCAAGAACGUGCGCAUGGCGAAUCUGGCGAUCGUGGCGUCGCAGUGUGUCAACGGUGUGGCAGCCAUCCACUCAGAGCUCAUCAAGCAAACCAUCUUCAAGGAUUUCUAUGAGCUCUGGCCCCACAAGUUCCAGAACAAGACAAAUGGAGUCACCCAGCGCCGCUGGCUGGCGUUCUGCAACCCGGGGCUGCGCGCACUGGCGGACGAGGUGGUGGGGUCGGACGACUGGGUGUCGGACCUGGAGAAGAUCAAGGCGCUCAAGGCCAGGGCGGACGACGCCGCCUUCCAGAAGCGCUGGAGAGAGGUGAAGCAGCAGAACAAGCAGAAGCUCGCAGAUGUCAUUCUCAAGCUCACUGGUGUCAAGGUGAGCACGGAGGCGCUGUUUGACAUUCAAGUGAAGCGCAUCCACGAGUACAAGAGGCAGCUGCUCAACGUGCUCUCCGUCAUCCACCGCUACGAAGAGAUCAAGCGCAUGUCCCCGGAGGAGAAGUGCCGGGUGGUGCCGCGCGUGGUGCUGCUGGGCGGCAAGGCAGCCCCCGGGUACGAGAUGGCGAAGCGCAUCAUCAAGCUCAUCAGCGCCGUGGGGGAGAAGAUCAACAACGACCCCGCUGUGGGCGACCUGCUGAAGCUCGUCUUCCUGCCCGACUACAACGUCUCCCUCGCUGAGAUCAUCAUCCCUGCCAGCGACCUCUCCCAGCACAUCAGCACGGCGGGCACGGAGGCGAGUGGCACGUCCAACAUGAAGUUCGCCAUGAAUGGGGGGCUCAUUAUUGGCACCAUGGAUGGCGCCAAUGUUGAGAUCGCCGAGGAGAUUGGCGAGGAGAACAUGUUCAUCUUCGGGGUGCGAGAGCACGAGGUAGCCCGCCUGCGUCGCGAGCGGCCAGGCUACAACCCAGACGGCCGCUUCACCAACGCUGUCAACAUGAUCCGCAAUGGCCAGUUUGGCUGGGUGGACUACUUCGCCCCCCUCGUGCAGUCGCUGGAUGGCUCCAUGGGGGGUGACUUCUACCUCCUGGCCAACGACUUCCCCUCCUACCUCCAGGCGCAGGCUAAGGUGGACGAGACAUGGAGGAACAAGGGACAGUGGGAGAGGAUGAGCAUUCUGAGCACAGCAGGCAUGAGCAAGUUCAGCAGUGACCGUACGAUUGCCGAGUAUGCCAAGGACAUCUGGCACGUGCAGGCCUGCAAGCUCGAUGUUGAGGCUGCUGCUGCUGCCAAGGAAGCCAAGAACAAGAACGCCAACUGA